UAGCCGCUUGCAGCCCUGGCGGCAAAAUUUGAAUUUUCCAGUUCAUUAAGGCUAAUUAAGGUUUUUGCCAGCAAGUAGGUAGCUGAAAAAGGAGUAAAAACGUAGGUAGACCUUUCCGUUUAUAUUGCACUGCAGUCGCCAGAGGUAAUUAGUCGAAAGUGUCACCCGCAGGCAUCAGCAUCAUUAUGAUGAAGUUCGGUUUGCUUCUUUUGAUGGCGCAUUUUGUGGCCUCAAGCCGAAAUCUAAACGAUAUUCUCGGUCGCGAGCAGUGGAUUAGCAUAGCCAAGGAGUACAUCAAGAACCACAAGCCCUAUAAAGCUAAAAUCUACGAGCCCUACAGGCCGCGCAUCGUAAAUUAUACCAACCCAUUCGACGGCGAUUUUUGGGAGACAACCACGCCGGCAACAAAUGCGGAAUCUACCACCAAUCCGCAAGAGACUACUGCUUACUUCACUGGGGAAGCAUCUACUACAACCGAGGAAAAUUCCACUGAGGAAACUACCACAACUUCGCCAGUGGACCAUUCAACCACCGAAUCCAGCUAUUCAACUUCAGAGGCGCCCGACGCAACCACAGAUACUUGGUAUUCCACGACAACAGCUUCGCCGGGAGAAGCUAUAGAUUCACCUGAAUCAGAAGCCUUAUAUUCCACAACAACAUCGAGUCCAGAAGUUCCAGAUACAACUACAGACACCAGUCCAAGCAGCACAGUUUAUGCGGAAUCAACGACAAGCAAUGCAGAUUAUUCCACAGGAUGGCUAGAAACUACUACAGAAACCAUUGCAAGUUCUUCAGCAUUGCCGGAAUCAAGGACUACUUCAAGUCCGGAAUUUUCGGGGACAGAACUAUUGACCACUACCACAGACAUAGGAAUCAAUCCAAGCACUACAGAGCUGCCGGAAUCAACUACUGCAGAAGCGAUUACCACUUCUACCGGAUGGCCGGAAUCAACGACAGAAUCUGCUGGCACUACCACAGAAUCCAACGAAUCCACGUUCGCAUUGUCCUUAGAUCAGACUACAACUGAAAUUGCAGAAGCUUCAACAGAAGGAUUAUUUUCAACUACAGAAACCCCGGAUUCAACUACAUUCUUGCUGGAAAUCAUUGCCACGACUCCGGGCGUGGAAACUACUACAUCGUAUCUGAAAACAGUGAUUGACAGCACUGCGGAGCAAAGUUCUACAUCAUCAACACAAUUUGGAUUCAAUUUAACGACAUCGGAAAUGGUGCAAACUCAAAUGGAAACCACAACACCGAGGCAAUUGAGUUUCGUCGGAGAUUCUGUUCGCCAAAGACGGAGAAAAUAUAAGUAUACUUCAGACACAGACCCCGAACUUUACUGGCACUGA